AUGUCUCGAAUUUGUUCGCGACAAACUCAGGAAGGAUCGAAAAGAUUAAGCCUGAACACCGCUUACACAAAAGAAUUUUUUGAUAACGACGAUGAAGAGUUAUUUGAUGUUGACGAAUUUAAUAUAGAUGAAUUUAAUAUUAAUAAAGAACAUGAUAUAUUUCCUUUUGAACCAUAUCUAAAAAUUUUACAAAGAGCCUGGUUGAACGAGAAUUUUUCAACAGAGAUUCUGCCUUAUGAGCCUGCCUUUGAAAGGUUAAAUGAAAUAUUAGAAGACCAAAAUUUCAGAGCUGAAAGUCUGACACUUUCACAAGAGACGAGUCCAAUAGGAAUGAUAUUGUUUAUUGAUAAUGAACGUAUAAAGUAUGUAAUGAACAGAUAUAAGCGAACAAGACUAGCAAAGAUCGAGAAAUACGUGUUUUCCAUUAUUGGAAAUGCAGAAUAUAUGACAAGACUAUCACUUCCGGAAAAGGAAUUCGCUGAACGGCGGUUAAUUGAAGAGCAUGAACACGCGUCGUUUUUACAUGUGCUUCCCCAAGAAUCAUUAGAUGCUCUAAAAGAGACUGAAAAUGGUACAGAAACGUCUUUUGCAACAAUAGAACAUCCCGAUUUAAAUCAAGCUGUAUUUUGUCGACUUAUUAAACAUGUUGGAAGUUAUUCGUUUCCAUCAACUCCCCGUGACGCUGAAAUAUUAAAUAAAGAUGAUGCUUAUCUGGUUAAAUAUUCGGAU